AUGAAUAAUAUGGCUGGCAUGAAUCCCAUGGGAGGCCCCGUUGGUGGUGGGAUGCCCAUGAUGAAUAAUGGAACCGCUCCUGGAGGUAUUCGACAACCCAUGCCCGUCAACGGCGACCAACGGUCGCAGCUCAACACAUACAUCUACGAAUAUUUUCUACGGAAUGGCAUGUUCGAGUGCGCGAGGUCGCUGCUCAACAGUGACCAGCCAAUUAAUACUCUGAAAGAUAGUCCUGGACGGCGCAACGAGGGCGCUGAUGGUGAAGACGGCGAUUCGAAAGAUGACAUGGAUUCGAAACGGCCAGACGACCUUCCCUUACCCAAUCUGCCUAAAGACGCCCCAGAUAGUUGCUUUCUCUACGAGUGGUGGUGUCUAUUCUGGGAUAUGUUUAAUGCGCAACGCGGGAAGAUAGAUGGACGUCAUGUCUCGCAAUAUGUUACUCACACACAGCAACAAUCGCGGUCGAGACAGGAGCAGCAAGUUGCUAUGCUUCGCGGAUUAAAAGGCAAUAUGGCCGAAUUGCCUCCAAAUUAUCGGAUGAUGAUGGGUAAUCAGAAUGGGCUUAACAUGCAGCAGAAUAAUGAGCUUAGACAGAAAGCUAUUCAAAACAAUCGAAACAACACGCCCCAACAGCAGCAAAUGCAAAUGCAAAUGCUUGCCCAACAGCAAAAGAACCAGCAACAAAUGCAACGAGAUCCAUCAGACGGAAAUGGGCAGCAACGUGCGCAGUCACCCGGUUCGGCUGAAAACGCUCCGUCGCCCUCGAAACGACCACGACUUGAAGGUCCUUUUAAUCAGGGACAAAUGCCAAAUGGGAGAGGACAAGCACAGGGGAUGCCUCAACAGGUGGGAGAAACUGGCCCCAGCAAUGCUAUUCAAGCUGCACAUUUGCAGCUUACCAAUGGUAUCGAACCAAGUAAUCUGACGGCUCAGCAGUUCCAGAACAUGCCCGGAGGCGCGAACCCGGCCGCUCGACAACAAUCGCUAGCCGGAUAUCAAGCUGGAUUAGCACAACAGCAAGCAGGUCAAAUGCCCGGGAAGCCCGGCAUGCCAGGCCAGCCAGGUGGUCCUCAAAAUCAAGGGUCUCCUAUGAUGGCACAGGGCCAAGAUGGUGGAGCUAUCGCGAAUUACUAUAACCCGGGUGACAUGGGACCUAAUGGAAUGCGAGGACAAAAUCAAGCAAAUGGCGGUAGUGGUAACCAUGCUUUGCAGGAUUACCAGAUGCAGCUUAUGCUACUUGAGCAGCAAAACAAGAAGAGGCUGAUGAUGGCGAGACAAGAGCAAGAUAGCAUGACUAUACCUCGUGGUCCUGAUGGCCCUGGAGGCCCUGGUCCUGGGAUGGGACCCAAUGGGCAGCCCUUCCAGGGAACAUCACCUCAAGGUCCUCGUUCUGUCAACUCCCCCAAUCCCAGCGAGCAAAUGAAGCGAAACACACCCCAUAUGAACCAAGGCGGUAUGCCAUCCCCUGUCCCUGAAGGACAAUCUCGCGGAUCACCUAGUGGUAUGAACUUUCUACCAGGGGGCGGUGCAAUGGAUCCCAACAUGGACCCAAAGUUCUACCAGAUGAACGGCAUGGGCCCCAACAUGGUUCCGGGAGGUAUGCCUAACGGCAUGCGGCCUCCAAGCUCUCAUCCUGGAGCUGCAUUUGGUAACCAGAUGGCUCAACAGCAAAUGGCAAUGGCUGCUAGACAGCAAGGAGGUCAAAACUGGCAAGCUGGGCCAAAUGGACAGAUGAUACCGCAGCCGAACCAAGGAGGUCCUCAGCAGAAUAUGGGGACUCCUCGACAAGGGGCAAUGCCUCCACCAUCGGCCCCAGCCGCGAACCCAACUGCUAACGGUCGAACCCAGCCAUCGUCACCACAACAAGGCACUGCCGCGCCACCUACCCCUUCGCAAACUAACAAGGCGAAUCCUAAAAAGAAGAAUGAGACCAAGAGCGAGAAAUCAAAGCGGGCCACUAAGAAAGGAUCCGCCGCAAACCUCAACGCUGGUGCUACACCAUCCGCCGAUGUGCCUACCGAUGGGCCAACACCGACGCCUCAGACCCCGAUUACACCUGUGCACGCCAGUAGUUUCCAAAAGAACCAACAGAAUGGCGCUGUGCAACCCACGAACGGUCAACCGGCUCCUGUGCCGGUUAACACAGGUGUACCCGCACCAGACCUGAACUUUGAUAUGGGGAACACCUUCGCGGAAUUCCAACCAUUGGGCGAUUUCGCUCAGCCAGGAAAUGGUUCCAUGGAUGUACUCCAGGAUUUCGAUUUCGAUUCCUUCCUCCACCAAGACGGAGAUGUUGGAGAGAGCUUCAACUUCGACGCGUCGGGAUUUGGAAUGGACGAUGGCGGUCAGUUAGCCGCAGAAUGA